AUGAUGUCAUUGGAAGACUUUGUGAACUCGCCCCUCGCUGAAGAACUGCUUCACAAUGCGAUGACUUUGCAGCUACUGGGCUUGACCGACAACUCGUACUGGCCAGAGGCAGCAGAGGUGCGGCAUUGUGCGAAGCGUCACCGUUCUGUCCAACAGAGGCUUGUGCCAGUGGCCAAAGGCGUCCUGUCAUCCGUGUUUCAUGUCUCCAUGACGAGCAGGCUGGAUGAGUCGCUGCUGUCAAUGGCGGCCAUGUUGGGAAGGGACCUGCGGAAGCCAGCAUUCAGAGGCAAACCUGCAUAUGUAGAGAUCAAUUCUGAUGGUUCAGUCUACUGGGGGCAGCGGAGCAAAGACCCAAGAGAAAUGACAGAUGCAGAGCUAGCGUACUGGCUAGUGGAGGCUUGGGAUGAUUGGUCAGCGAGCAGGAGAGUGAACAGAUAUGUGGGAAGUAAACCGACCAUGAGGGAUGAGAAUGAAGAAGACAUUGAGGAGGGGCUGAGGGAGACUGCUGCGUUCAAGAAAAGGCUGAAACUGCUGCAGACAGAGUUCCUGCUUCGACGCAGGCAAGGCAUGGGCCAGUCUUUGGGCACACUUCAUCCCAUGAAAUAUGAGGGAAAUACCACAGUGUCUGCCCAAGGGCUGUGGACCACAUACGAGAAUUGUGUAAAGGGAGCGCAAAGCAAGAACAAACUGAGGAAGGUGCGGGCGGUGGCCCAUCUCUCUACGCCCGAUGAGAGAGUGCCCAUGUUCACGAAGCCGGCGAGAGCCAAGAUCCCGCAGAGAAUUUUGGACACGAUUAGGCAGAAGAACUUAAUGGACGCCGAGUUGUUUGAGUGGGGCACCCAACUGUUCGAGAAGCAGCUCUUGGACCUCGAGGAGAGGGGAAUCACGAUGGAAGGCCUGCGGACGUCGUCCAAAAUGGCGCCUCCCCAAGAAUCGUGGCUCGGCUCUUGGUUUGAAAGCAAGACCGCAAAGUUUUUCAUGCCGUCGAUCAUAGCGUGCGUCGUUUUCCUGGGAAUGGUGCCCCUUGGCGUGUGCGUCGGGAUGUUGAGGAGGGUCGUGGGGCGGGACAGGGAUUCGUGGAAAUCGGAAUGA